CCAGACGCGAUUAAGCAGCUAGUAAAGUAGAGCAAUGUCAGGUGUCGAGGAUAGCUCAAAUGAAUAUGUAGACGCGAAAGAAGACGCAGAGUUUAAUGUAGAGGCUGAGGACCACCUGGAGGAUGACUUUCUUGAGGACCCGACUCGAUAUAAGUUUUACAGAGACAGAAAGGAGUGGGCAGACCUGGAGCCUGUUCCUCAGGAUGAUGGACCAAAUCCUGUAGUGAAGAUCGCCUACUCUGAAAAGUUCUCAGAUGUUUACGACUAUUUCCGUGCCCUCCUGAAGAAUGAUGAAAAAAGCGAGCGCGCUUUUGCUUUGACAGCAGAUGCCAUUGAGCUAAAUGCGGCAAAUUACACAGUAUGGCACUACAGGCGAGUAUUACUGCAAGCCCUGAGAAAAGACCUGAGGGAGGAGAUGAGGUACAUUACUGCCAUCAUCGAGGAGCAACCCAAAAACUACCAAGUCUGGCAUCACAGGCGUAUGGUGGUAGAGUGGUUGAACGACCCCUCAGAGGAGCUGGAGUUCAUUGCGGACAUUCUCAGCCAAGAUGCAAAGAACUACCACGCCUGGCAGCACAGACAGUGGGUCAUACAGGAGUAUAAACUGUGGGAUGAUGAGCUAGAAUUUGUGGAGAACCUUUUGGAAGAAGACGUGAGGAAUAACUCCUCAUGGAACCAGAGGCAUUUUGUAAUUUCUCACACUACAGGCUUCUCUGAUUCCGCCGUACUGGAGAGGGAGAUUCAGUAUUGUGUCACCCAGAUCAAGAAAGCCCCCCACAAUGAAAGUGCAUGGAACUAUUUGAAAGGGAUGCUGCCAGACAGAGGUCUGUCGUCCCAGCUGGGCCUGCUGGAGAGGGUCCUGGAGCUGAAGGAGACGCAUUGUUCACCUUACCUUCUAGCGUUUCUCUUUGAUUGCUAUGAGGACGCCUUGGAGAACGGCGUCGACAAAGAAAAUGCAGAUGAGGAGGAACGAAAGGAAACUUUAAGAAGGGCUCUAGAAAUUUGUGAACUUCUGGCGCAGGAGAAGGACACGGUCCGUAAAGAGUACUGGCUGUUUUUGGGACGAUCUUUAAAGAGCAAAUACGGAACCAGCGGCCCCUCUGCUGAGCCUAUGGCAGAUGACCCUAAACCUUAGCUCCUACAUCUGGGCAGCAGGACAUGAACUAGACCCCCUGGGAGACUUACCACCAUUUCCACUCCUGUCCUGUCUUAUUAAUGUCCUCAGCAGUGUUUGAUAUUACUUUAAAUUGCUAGUAACCACUAACAAGAGGUCAUGUAGGCAAGACACAAAGAUUGACAUCAAACAGAUACAAUACAAAUAAUACAUGAAAAUCCCUCCCUUGCUAAAAUCUAAUUUACAAAUGUCGCAUUAAAAAACUCAAUGUUUCUUUUUUUCUUUUCUUUUUUUUUUUUUUUACCUUUGCUCAUCCUAAAUUAAAGAAUAGGAUCCAUAAAACCUCACAUUAAGUCUGUUUGACAGCAGGCCUCCGAGUGUGUUUGCAUGCACACUUAAUUCAAUUUAUAGUCUUUUUGAGUGAUUAUAGGUACACAUCUGAGGUUAUAUAUCUAAUAAGAGAAAACCAAUCUAUCAGGAGGAUCUUAUUUCCUUGUUAUUUUUAAAUGUAAUUUAUAAGUUAGAUGUUUGGUAACCUAGAAGUUUAACAGCGAUAUGUUUGAACAGCCACAUUAGUGACUAAAUGGAGUAUUGUGAGCAUGUAAACCCACUCUGAACAUAAAUCCUGCAACAUUUCUUGAUUUUUCAGAGGUGUCAGUUGGAGAAUACAUGUCGUUAUGUUUUAAUGGAGGGAAAAAAAGCAUCAUGGAACACAAAAAUAAAAACGGUUUGUAGUAA